CCCUAUAAGGCCUGGGAACCAGGAGCUGAGGCACUGCCAGCAGCUGCCCUGCUCUGAGGGACCCUGCAUGGUCCAUGUGAGUCCAGCUGCGUCACCCAGCGACUGACACCUCCAGCCCCUCAGGUCACCAUUAUGUCUGCUUCGGGAGAUGGGACCAGGAGUCCCCCCAAAUCCAAAGGCAAGACCCUGAGCAGUUUCUUCGGGUUCCUGCCUGGCUUCAGCUCUUCCCGGAACCUAGUGUCCCACACUCACAGUUCCACAAAUGACGCAGGACCAGCAACAGACCCCACAGGGACACCUGCUCCCCCACCUCUGGGGGCCACCAACCUGCAUCAGAUGGCAAGGGGUGCGGCGGGGCUGCUCCAGUCUUCUGAACAGGUGAGCCAGCACAAGGACAUGGGAAGCUUCAGUGUGACCAGUGGUAAAGAUGCCUUCUCCUCUGGGGUGGGUGACAUCAUAGACACUGCUAAAGGAAUGGUCCAGGGUAGCCUUGGAGCCACCCAAUCAGCCCUUGUGGGCACUAAGGAGGCACUGUCUGGAGGCAUCAUGGGAGCAGUAGGUAUGGCCAAAGGUUUUGUUCAGGGAGGCCUGGACACCACCAAGUCAGCAGUCAUGGGCACCAAGGACACAGUGACCACAGGACUCACGGGGGUCAUGAACGUGGCCAAAGGGACAGUGCAGACGGGCCUGGACACCACCAAGUCUGUGGUCAUGGGCACCAAGGACACAGUGACCACAGGACUCACAGGUGCCAUUAAUGUGGCAAAAGUGGCUGCCCAGGGGGGCCUGGACACCACCAAGUCAGUGGCCAUGGGCACGAAGGACACAGUGACCACAGGCCUCACGGGGGCUAUGAAUGUGGCCAAAGGGACAGUGCAGACGGGCCUGGACACCACCAAGUCAGUGGUCAUGGGCACCAAGGACACAGUGACCACAGGACUCACGGGGGCUAUGAACGUGGCCAAAGGGACAGUGCAGACGGGCCUGGACACCAGCAAAACUGUGCUGACAGGCACAAAGGACACUGUUUGUGCUGGAGUCACAGGAGCCAUGAACGUGGCCAAAGGGACAGUGCAGACGGGCCUGGACACCACCAAGUCUGUGGUCAUGGGCACCAAGGACACAGUGACCACAGGACUCACGGGGGCUAUGAACGUGGCCAAAGGGACAGUGCAGACGGGCCUGGACACCAGCAAAACUGUGCUGACAGGCACAAAGGACACUGUUUGUGCUGGAGUCACAGGAGCCAUGAAUGUGGCCAAAGGGACAGUGCAGACGGGCCUGGACACCAGCAAAACUGUGCUGACAGGCACAAAGGACACUGUUUGUGCUGGAGUCACAGGAGCCAUGAACAUGGCAAAAGGUACAGUGCAGACGGGCCUGGACACCACCAAGUCAGUGGUCAUGGGCACCAAGGACACAGUGACCACAGGACUCACGGGGGCUAUGAAUGUGGCCAAAGGGACAGUGCAGACGGGCCUGGACACCACCAAGUCAGGGGGCCUGGACACCACCAAGUCAGUGGUCAUGGGCACCAAGGACACAGUGACCACAGGACUCAUGGGGGCUAUGAACGUGGCCAAAGGGACAGUGCAGACGGGCCUGGACACCACCAAGUCAGUGGUCAUGGGCACCAAGGACACAGUGACCACAGGACUCACAGGUGCCAUUAAUGUGGCAAAAGUGGCUGCCCAGGGGGGCCUGGACACCACCAAGUCUGUGGCCAUGGGCACCAAGGACACAGUGACCACAGGCCUCACGGGGGCUAUGAACGUGGCCAAAGGGACAGUGCAGAUGGGCCUGGACACCAGCAAAACUGUGCUGACAGGCACAAAGGACACUGUUUGUGCUGGAGUCACAGGAGCCAUGAAUGUGGCCAAAGGGACAGUGCAGACGGGCCUGGACACCACCAAGUCUGUGGUCAUGGGCACCAAGGACACAGUGACCACAGGACUCACGGGGGCCAUGAACGUGGCCAAAAUGGCUGCUCAAGGGGGUCUGGACACCACCAAGUCUGUGGUUAUGGGCACCAAGGACACAGUGACCACAGGACUCACGGGGGCUAUGAACGUGGCCAAAGGGACAGUGCAGACGGGCCUGGACACCAGCAAAACUGUGCUGACAGGCACAAAGGACACUGUUUGUGCUGGAGUCACAGGAGCCAUGAAUGUGGCCAAAGGGACAGUGCAGACGGGCCUGGACACCACCAAGUCUGUGGUCAUGGGCACCAAGGACACAGUGACCACAGGACUCACGGGGGCCAUGAACGUGGCCAAAAUGGCUGCUCAAGGGGGUCUGGACACCACCAAGUCUGUGGUUAUGGGCACCAAGGACACAGUGACCACAGGACUCACGGGGGCUAUGAACGUGGCCAAAGGGACAGUGCAGACGGGCCUGGACACCAGCAAAACUGUGCUGACAGGCACAAAGGACACUGUUUGUGCUGGAGUCACAGGAGCCAUGAACAUGGCAAAAGUGGCCGCCCAGGGGGGCCUAGACACCACCAAGUCAGUGGUCAUGGGCACCAAGGACACAGUGACCACAGGACUCACGGGGGCUAUGAACAUAGCCAAAGGGACAGUGCAGACGGGCCUGGACACCACCAAGUCAGUGGUCAUGGGCACCAAGGACACAGUGACCACAGGACUCACAGGGGCCAUUAAUGUGGCAAAAGUGGCUGCCCAGGGGGGCCUGGACACCACCAAGUCAGUGGUCAUGGGCACCAAGGACACAGUGACCACAGGACUCACGGGGGCUAUGAACAUAGCCAAAGGGACAGUGCAGACGGGCCUGGACACCACCAAGUCAGUGGUCACGGGCACCAAGGACACAGUGACCACAGGACUCACAGGGGCCAUUAAUGUGGCAAAAGUGGCUGCCCAGGGGGGCCUGGACACCACCAAGUCAGUGGCCAUGGGCACGAAGGACACAGUGACCACAGGCCUCACGGGGGCUAUGAAUGUGGCCAAAGGGACAGUGCAGACGGGCCUGGACACCACCAAGUCAGUGGUCAUGGGCACCAAGGACACAGUGACCACAGGACUCACAGGGGCCAUUAAUGUGGCAAAAGUGGCUGCCCAGGGGGGCCUGGACACCACCAAGUCUGUGGUCAUGGGCACCAAGGACACAGUGACCACAGGCCUCACGGGGGUCAUGAACGUGGCCAAAGGGACAGUGCAGACGGGCCUGGACACCACCAAGUCAGUGGUCACGGGCACCAAGGACACAGUGACCACAGGACUCACAGGGGCCAUUAAUGUGGCAAAAGUGGCUGCCCAGGGGGGCCUGGACACCACCAAGUCAGUGGCCAUGGGCACGAAGGACACAGUGACCACAGGCCUCACGGGGGCUAUGAAUGUGGCCAAAGGGACAGUGCAGACGGGCCUGGAUACCACCAAGUCAGUGGUCAUGGGCACCAAGGACACAGUGACCACAGGCCUCACGGGGGCCAUGAACGUGGCCAAAGGGACAGUGCAGACGGGCCUGGACACCACCAAGUCUGUGGUCAUGGGCACCAAGGACACAGUGACCACAGGACUCACGGGGGCCAUGAACGUGGCCAAAAUGGCUGCUCAAGGGGGUCUGGACACCACCAAGUCUGUGGCCAUGGGCACCAAGGACACACUGACCACAGGACUCACGGGGGCUAUGAACGUGGCCAAAGGGACAGUGCAGACGGGCCUGGACACCAGCAAAACUGUGCUGACAGGCACAAAGGACACUGUUUGUGCUGGAGUCACAGGAGCCAUGAAUGUGGCCAAAGGGACAGUGCAGACGGGCCUGGACACCACCAAGUCUGUGGUCAUGGGCACCAAGGACACACUGACCACUGGACUCACAGGUGCCAUGAACGUGUCAAAAGUAGCUGCCCAGGGGGGCCUGGACACCACCAAGUCUAUGGUCAUGGGCACCAAGGACACAGUGACCACAGGACUCACGGGUGCCAUGAACAUGUCCAAAGGUGUCAUUCAGAAGGGCCUGGACACCUCCAGGCACACAGGAUCUGCCAUUCUGUGUCAGGAAGAUAAAGUGGCCAUCAAUACCAUCCACAGUGGUAUCCAUACCGUCCCAUGUUCACUCUCUGGCUCUCAUGCCACUAAGUACUAUGAUCCUGGCAGUUGCAGUGCUACCAACCAAGGGGCAGAACAUGCUACAAUGACUUUUGCAGUGUCCUCAUGCUCUGAGAUCAGCAGCCUUGCAAACACAUGUAGCUUGGGGCUUGUCAAGAAACCCAUAGCUACCACCAAAGGCCUUGUGUCUGGCGUGGCUUCAUCUAUGGCGGAAUGUGAUCAGCUGGCUGCUACAAGCUUUGCUGCACUUCAUGAUGAGUUGGAGGGGCUAGGUGACAUCUUCCAGCCCAUGACAGCUGAAGAACAAGCCCGGCUGGCAGCCUCAGAAUCAGGGCCCCGGGUGCUCUCUGCUGACCAGGAAAGCUACUUUGUCCGCCUAGGUGACCUGGCACCCAGCUUCCGCCAGCGAGCUUUUGAACAUGCCUUGAGCCACAUACAGCACAACCAGUUCCAAGCCAGGGCUGUGCUGGCCCAGCUCCAGGAGGCCUUCCAGGUGACAGACAUGGCUGUGGAGGCUCCAGGUGGGCAGCUGCAUUGGGACCAGAGCUUGAGCUCCUGGGUGGAGGCUACUGGUACCCAUGAGGUGUGUGUGGUAUGGGCCCCUCCCCAGCACUCCUAACACAGACCUGACCCUGCUUACCUUCCUCCUCCUCUGCAGGUGCAUGCUUCUGUGGCUCAAGACAGGCUGUGCACACUAGCCCGCCAGCUCCAUGCAGCUUACAGCAGCCUGGCAGCCUGCCUGCAGGGCCUUCCAGAGGUGCAGCAGCAGGCGAGGCUGGCGAGGAACAGCCUCUGCAAGCUGUAUGGCCUCGUGUCCUCUGCAAGUGGUGUUGAGCUGCAGGCAGAGCAGCUUGCCCAGAGCAGUGCUGGUGUGGUCCAGGCAUGGCAGAGUCUGGAAGUGCUGCUGGACAAGCUGCAGCAGAGCCCCCCACUUGGCUGGCUGGUGGGACCCUUCACUUUGAUGCCUGGUGGACAGCUAUAGGCAUCUGAGGGCUGCACUUCCCCAAAGAUCUAGAUUAGGCAGGAGCAGAGGGUCUUCAGAAAAGUGGAUUCAAAACAACCAUGGCUCCCACUAUUUCCAAGAAUUGAUGGCCCCUCUUCCAAAUUAGCCAUGAAGUCUGUUCAGAGAGUGGCCACGUAAGUCCCAAUGACAGAGCAAAGCAGAAGUAUAGUCAAACCUAGAAGGUUCCUCAGCUGUUCCCACUGGCAAGCCUUUCACACUUGGGGCUCUGACCCUACCUUCAGGGGCCCACAGCUGUCUGCUACAGGUGGUACCACUCCACCCCAGGCCACACCCUGGCCAGUGCAUCCAGAGCUCUUAGCCAACAUGCUAGGCAUCUUGUUCCCUGCCACUAGAAUGCAUAGCCACCCUAAGGUAGUCUCCCACAGCCUCUUCUGAUACCGUGUGUGUGCGUGCGUGUGUGUGCGUGCGUGUGUGUGUGUGUAUGGUAGAGCCACUCAAAGCCACAGGAUGCUGUGGGCCUGACUCAGACCUGCUUUUGGGAAAAGGAGGGUGGCACACCAGAGACAGGGCUGACUUGACAGGACCAGCACUGUUCUGAGCAACGUGUGCACAUGGCCUGCACAUGAAUGUGGCCUACCAAAGCACAUGGCCUACCUAGGAUUGAAGGCUGUAUUGACCGGAGACACAGUGAUAGCCCCUUUUCCCUAUUGUAUGCACCCAAGAAGAUAACAUAGAAGACAACAUAGAAGACUCCCUUGUGGCCAGGCCAUCCAAGGCCAUAGCCCAGCCCUCCCUGAACCCCAAAAAUGUUAGCAACUCCCAACCUUUCAGCUUCCUUUAAUCUGCACUCUUGGAAAGUAACAACACCCUUGAGUUCCAAGUUUGGGCCAGCUUGUGGCCUAGAAAUGCCAUGAUGAAGAUGGCAAGGAUUUUCCUGAGCCUUUCCCUCUGCCAUGUCAGCAUCAGGGUGCAACACUAGACUAAGACCCCACGGGCCUGCAACUACGUCCUCCAAAAGAUGAGCUUCACUAUAUCAUGCCCAGUUCUUGGUGGCCAUGGAGGCAGGUGGACACACUAGGAGGCAUAUACCCAACCUGAGCCCACAGGGAACAUAGUAGAAUAGAAUAGCCACUGCUCAAAGUCAAAUAGAAAGCAGGCUGGGAGGUGUGAACCACAACACUCCAACACAAAUGCUGGGCUGCUCCAGAGAUACUAUGCUGGUCCCACUUGGGGGUACCACCAUAACUGGGGAUGGGAAGGUGGUUGAGUCAGGGCAUAAUCUCCCGUUAGCCUGUCCUUAGUGUCUGUUCCACUCAUGCUGAUGGAACGGGCCACACUGCACGAAGCUCUCUGCUAGACUUUAAGUGUGAACCCUGCCCUGUACCAGGCCUGGCUCCUCAUUCUGCUCACGGUGGCUGGUACCUCAGGCAUAAUGCCCUGGCCCUAGCCCAGUUGCAUUUCACAUCAGGACUCCAAGCCAAUAAAGCUGUUUCUUUUUCAUUACAAAA